GGGCCGGCGGCGCUCGGCGCUGACGCUACGCCGACGCGCCUGACGUCGGGCACGUUGACGCCGGCGACGCGCAGCCGGGCCCGCUCCUCCCGUGCUCCGCCAGUGUCCGGCCGCGGGCCGGCCUUAGUGACUGGGGGCGGCGGGCCCGGGGCCGCGGGCGCGGGGCGCGCGCGGGCGCGGGCUGCCUUCGUCGGGCCCCGAGCUCGCCCGGAGCGAGCGGCCGCCCGGGAGCCGCCGCGGAGCCUCCUCGCCUGCUCCCGCCGGCGAGCAAGAUGAUGUGCGAGGUGAUGCCAACCAUCAGUGAAGCAGAAGGCCCCCCAGGAGGAAGUGGGAGCCAUGGGUCCGGCUCGCCUUCGCAGCCAGAUGCAGAUUCGCAUUUUGAGCAGUUGAUGGUGUCCAUGCUGGAGGAGAAGGACCGCCUUCUUGAGACGCUGAGAGAGACCCAAGAGACACUGGCGUUAACCCAGGGGAAAUUACACGAGGUUGGCCAUGAAAGAGAUUCCUUGCAGAGGCAGCUCAACACUGCACUUCCGCAGGAGUUUGCAGCACUUACUAAAGAGCUCAAUGUGUGCAGGGAGCAGCUGCUUGAGCGGGAAGAAGAAAUUGCUGAACUGAAGGCAGAAAGAAACAACACCAGGCUGCUGCUAGAACAUUUAGAGUGCCUUGUCUCCAGGCACGAGCGUUCUCUCCGGAUGACCGUGGUGAAGAGACAGGCGCAGUCCCCGGCAGGCGUGUCCAGCGAGGUGGAAGUCCUCAAAGCACUCAAGUCAUUGUUUGAGCACCACAAAGCUCUGGAUGAAAAGGUGAGGGAGCGCCUACGAGUAGCACUUGAAAGGUGUAGUUUGCUGGAGGAAGAGCUGGGUGCCACCCACAAAGAGCUGAUGAUUCUUAAAGAACAGAAUAAUCAGAAAAAAACACUGACAGAUGGGGUGCUUGACAUAAAUCAUGAACAAGAAAACACACCCAGCACGAAUGGAAAGAGAUCCUCUGAUGGUUCUUUAAGCCAUGAGGAAGACCUUGCUAAAGUGAUGGAGCUGCAGGAAGUCAUAGACAAGCAGGCCCGGGAACAGAGCCAGAUGAAGGAGCGCCUGGCCGCCCUCUCCACCCACGUGGCAGAGCUGGAGGAGGACCUGGACACGGCCCGGAAGGACCUCAUCAAGUCCGAGGAGGUGAACACGAAGCUGCAGCGAGAUGUGCGGGAGGCCAUGGCGCAGAAGGAAGACAUGGAGGAGCGGAUCAACACCCUGGAGGAGCGCUACCUCGCAGCCCAGCGCGAGGCCACCUCUGUGCACGACCUCAACGACAAGCUGGAAAACGAAAUUGCCAACAAGGACUCUAUGCAUCGACAGACUGAGGAUAAGAACCGCCAGUUGCAGGAGCGCUUGGAGCUGGCGGAGCAGAAGCUGCAGCAGACCCUGCGGAAGGCGGAGACACUCCCUGAGGUGGAGGCUGAGCUGGCCCAGCGGGUGGCUGCGCUCUCCAAGGCUGAGGAGAGACACGGCAACAUUGAGGAGCAGCUGUGCCAGAUGGAGGCGCAGCUGGAGGAGAAGAACCAGGAGCUGCAGCGGGCACGGCAGAGAGAAAAGAUGAAUGAAGAACAUAAUAAACGCUUAUCAGAAACUGUUGACAGGCUCCUUUCAGAAUCGAAUGAGAGACUUCAGCUUCACCUUAAGGAGAGGAUGGCUGCUCUGGAAGAGAAGAAUUCUCUAGUACGUGAAGUUGAAGAUGCAAAAAAGCAACUAGAAGAAACUCAACAUGAUAAGAAUCAGCUGGUACUGAACAUCGAAGCUUUGAGGGCUGAACUGAGCCAGAUGCGGCUCAGAGGUGCUUCCCUUCAUCACAGCUGGUGUGAAACAAGGCCCAGCCCCACCACAGCUGGAACCCUGCUGAGGAGGAAGGAGCAGUUCAUUAGGAACAAGGGAAAGAGGAAAUUCCUGACGUGGACAUUUUUAGAUGAGCACCGACCCCACUUGGGCAGCGUCCCAGACUUCAGGUUCCCCGUGGCAGACGGUCCCACGGACUCCUACAGCAGCAGCGUGGUGUUGCGGCGCCCCCAGAAAGGCCGCGUGGCAGCGCUGCGGGACGAGCCUUCCAAGGUACAGACUCUGAACGAGCAGGAUUGGGAGCGUGCCCAGCAAGCCAGCGUCCUGGCCAACGUGGCACAGGCGUUUGAGAGCGAUGUCGACCUGUCAGACGGCGAGGACGAAGGGGACACUCUCUUCAGCUCGUCGGCGCUGCUGUCGCCCAGUGGGCAGGCCGACGCUCAGACGCUGGCCAUGAUGCUGCAGGAGCAGCUGGACGCCAUCAACAAGGAGAUCAGGUUGAUUCAGGAGGAAAAGGAGAGCACGGAGCAGCGGGCCGAGGAGAUCGAAAGCCGCGUUGGCAGUGGGAGCCUGGACAACCUCGGCCGUUUCAGAUCCAUGAGCUCCAUUCCAUAUCCUGCGUCCUCACUCGCGGGCUCCUCCCCUCCCAACAGCGGUCGGUCCACCCCUCGACGCAUCCCGCACAGCCCCGCUCGGGAAGUGGACAGACUAGGCGUCAUGACUCUGUUGCCAGCUUCCCGAGAAGAGGUACGAGAUGACAAGACAACAAUAAAAUGUGAAACAUCCCCCCCUCCCUCCCCGAGGUCCCUGCGCUUGGACAGGCUGCACAAAGGAGCCCUGCACACGGUCAGCCACGAAGACAUCCGGGACCUCAGGAACUCGACAGGCUCACAGGAUGGCCCGGUGAGCAACCCCAGCAGCAGUAACAGUAGCCAGGACUCGCUGCACAAAGCCCCCAAGAAGAAGGGCAUCAAGUCCUCCAUCGGCCGCUUGUUUGGCAAGAAGGAAAAGAUGCGCCCUGGGCACAUCGGCAAGGAGGCGCUGGGACAAGCUGGCAUUUCAGAGACAGAAAACUCAUCUCAAGACGCCUUGGGACUUAGCAAAUUGGGAGGACAGGCUGAGAAAAAUCGCAAACUUCAGAAAAAGCACGAGCUGCUCGAGGAAGCACGGAGACAAGGUCUACCUUUUGCACAAUGGGACGGGCCCACUGUGGUCGUGUGGCUGGAGCUCUGGGUGGGGAUGCCGGCCUGGUAUGUGGCCGCGUGCCGAGCCAACGUGAAGAGCGGGGCCAUCAUGUCGGCCCUGUCGGACACGGAGAUCCAGCGGGAGAUCGGCAUCAGCAACCCUCUGCACCGGCUGAAGCUGCGGCUGGCCAUCCAGGAGAUCAUGUCCCUGACCAGCCCGUCGGCCCCACCCACGUCCAGGACGACCACAGGAAAUGUCUGGUUAACGCACGAAGAGAUGGAGACGCUCACCGCCACGCCACGCACGGUCAGUCCCGCCCGGGCUCGUGUCCCUCAGGGCACCCCGCUCAGAGCAGGGACAGGGUGUCCUCCACACCAUAUUGUUCCCGAUGCAUACUUCUUUUAGGUCUGGGUCCAAUGUGUGCAGUAGAAUUCGUAUUUUAUCUUCUUUUAGAUUUUUUUUGUCAUGAACUUAAAGUUGGUAGACCAGCUCUGUUUAGAUUGAAUUCCUUUCUCUUGAGGGGAGACCUCAGUUUAGCCCCCACUGUGAGGGCCCGACCCGAGUUUCCUCCUCAGUGGGUGCGCUGGGCAUGGACGCCUGCUCCUUGCAUGCGAGAGGGCGUGUGGGUUGUGCAUGCGUUCUGCAUGGUGCUUGUGCUAUUUGAGCCUUCCCUUGGUGAAGCUGCACUGCCCGCGUUCACUGUUUUGCGUUCCAAGCUCACAGUACUAACCAUAUGUGUGUGUUCUCUUGCAUCCCUAACCACGUAACAUCAGGAGGAUGAGGAGGGAAGCUGGGCUCAGGUUGGAGACUUUCUAUAAUCUAUUCUUCACUAUAUGUACAGCAACAAAAAGAAUUGGCGUAUGAAAACUUGUAAUUUACUUUUCUUGACGUUUUUAACAUCUUAAUUUAAUCAUAUUAAUGUUAAUGAUUGAAAGCAUCAGUCAAAGCCAAGCAUAGGAUUCAAGAGUGCAUAGAGGAUGUCUCAUGGACAAUUUUGAACAUUUCUCAGCUUUCUCCUAGGGACACAGUGGUUCACUCUCAUGAACAUAGAUCACUUUGCCUGACGUGUGGCCUUUAUGCAAAGUCCUGUGGUCUCAGCAGCUCCUGAGAUUAGAUAUUUCAGUCCCCAAUAGGGUCACUGUAGUUACAAGAUCUGCUGAUGGGAAAACCCUUCUAAUACAUUAACAACACAAGUAGGUUCAGAGGCUCACCUCUGAGUCUGUGUGGGUACUUUCUUAACACUGUGUGAGCUAACUAACAGCUUUCCUCCUAUGGAAACCUCAGUUCAGCCUCUUCUCACUUAGUGUACAUCUGGAUUUUCAACUUCCUGGUUCUUCAGCUCCAGCGAGCUUUGUCCCAGCUGGUUUGCAGCUGUGCCAAGCAGUGGCUUCCCUCCUGCGUCCGCCAGCACUGCCGUGUGCUGUGCAUUUCAGCAGCACCUCGGAGCCGGGAGGUGUGGGCAGGCCUUUUCUCCCGAGGCCUCCUUAAAGGCAUUGCGCAUGGAUCUGGAGAUUGUGUAUCUGAAAAACAAUAAUUUUAAAUGAGAAUUUUCCUAAUUACAGUUGAUGGUUGACACCCCUGUUUCUCCUAUUGGUCCCCUUAAAAUAAAGCCAGUUACAUCAACUUCCUAAACAAAAGAGGGGAGCUCAAGCAGGAUUCCCUAAGCUCCCCGCCCCCACCUAUGGUCUGGCUGCUUCUCCAGGUAAAUGCCCUGUCCACCUUCACAGGGUCAGUGGUGACCACUAGAAUUAAAAAGGGGGCGUUUCAUAGUUCCUUACAUGUCACUGAACUUUAUAGUGAGAAGCAGAGCUCUGCCGUAGGAAAUCCCUGCAUCAGAGGCACGACGUAUAAAUUACAUAAGCUGAACACUUGCUCUUGCUCUGGAAAUGUAAGCAAGGGCGAGCUGUGCUGAUGGCGCCAGAAUUAGCCAGCAUGCGGUCUUCGGCGUGAGCCAAGGCCACUGGGCUUUUAGAUGAGAGGAAGGAGAGGUGGGUCCGGGUGCUGCCAAGUGCGGGAGUCGUUCGGUGCCCACCCCAUGCCGCCCCACGGCGGCAGCUCUGCAGCCAGGAAAGUUCGAGGUGCCCAUGGGCACUGGGGGAAGAACAUGUCAAGAUGCAGCCAUUGGGCAGGCACCAUCAGUGUGUCCACCCGCGAGACUGCUGCUUCCAGACGCAGCAGGGGACAGGACGGCCCUGGGCCCUCCCAGCACCCCGUUCUACAGAGCUCAAAGGUCUGAAUUGAAUUUGUGAUCAUUCCAAUGAUGGGAAAACACCCUGUGCUGUGGCUGUCUCCUGUCGCCCACAUUCUCUGACCACGAGACCCUGCUGCGUGCGUUUCUCAGAGGCCUGUGAUGGCAGCCCAGGAGAUGUGGGUCUCCCUGGGAUGAGCCGGUACUCCCAGGAGCUCCCAUCGCUGCCAGGAGGAAGUAACUAGACUAGAGUGAGUAGAUGAGAAUAAGGAGGGUUCUUCUUCCAUAGAAUUUUCUGUUUAGAAGUUUCUUUGCAUUUUGUGUCAAUUUAAGAAUUACAUACUCAGCAAGCAAGAAAGCAGUACCAGAUACCCAUGCUCUAAGUGUCUGUGAAAUGAAAGUGAGGCUUGAAAGACUGAGAAAAACAUGAUAUUGUGACAGUGUCCAAAAAAGUCUGUAUUUCUCCCUCAUGGUUGUUUAGAGCAAAUAGUAAAACUUUUUUUGUUAGAAUUUGAGCAUUGUUGUUGGAGUCAUUCCUUUCAGCUUGGUUGGAAUAAAUAAUAGCUUAGAGACCAUAUUUUCAAAACAACGUGGUAGGAGGGAGGGUUGCUGUGUCCAGGGAUCCGGGCAGCAGCCUGUGGGUCAGUUUGGUCUCGGGCUGAAGAACCCGUGUCUCUUUGACGUGUGUCACAUACUGCACACACGGGCUCCUUUCUGCUCUGGACAGAGCUGCACCUAUUCUGUUAGAUUUACCCAAGGCGUCCGUGGCGAUUCAUGGCAUUGUGAAUGGCAUUUCUAAAAUUUCCGUUUCCAGUUCCUUUCUAGUGUUUGGAAAUACAGUUCAUUUUCAUAUCUUUACCUUGUACCCUACAGCUUGACUGGACUCUUCAGUUGUAACGGCUGUCUUGUAGAUUCAUUUCCCGGGUUGUUAGGUCUCCUACCAAUAAAGAUGUUCUCUUCUCACCAGUUACAUGCUUGAUUGUCACAGUGGCUAGGAGCUGCCGCUCAGCUUUGCAUAACGUCCCUGCUCUGUCCUGACCAGGGGAGGAGCGUGUAGUCUUUCCCGUGGAGGGGUGUCAGCGCUGUGUUUGGUAGAGGCCCUUCAUCAGAUCGAGGCGGGUUUUUCCACUCAGAAGGCUGAGACGCCCCUAAAGGAAUGGUGAAUUUUGUCAAAUGCCUCCGCUCAUCUUUCAGAUGCGGUUUUUCUCUUCAGUCCAUUAAUAUGGUGAAUUUCAUUGAUUUUCAGACGUUGAGCCAAAUUUAAGUUCUCGAGAAAAGCCCCACUUGUCCUAUUUCAUGACUUUAAUAUAUUACUGAUUUGCUGUGCUAAUGUUUUACAAGGAGUUUUGCAUCUGUGUCUCUGAGGGAUAUUGGUCUAUAGUUUUCUUGUAAUACAUUCAUUUGUCUGGGUUCAAUGUCAGGACAAUGCUGGCCUCGUCAAAUGAGUUCGGCAUUUCUUCUUCACUUUUUUGAAAUAGUCUAUAGAAUUGCUCUUUUUUCAUAAAUGUUUGUUAGGUAGGAUUCACCUGUAAAGCCAUUUAGGACAGAAAUUUUGGUUGUGAAAAGGUUUGUAACUACAAAAAAGUUCUAAUAGAUAGAGGUCAUACACUUCUUACUCAGUGGCUUUCAUAGAUUGUCUGAGUUGCUUAAAGUUAUUCACAAUUUUCCCUUAUUAUUCUUUCAAUAUCUAUAGGAUAUGAACCUUUAUCCCCUUUCAUUCUUAAUAUUGGUAAUGUCUUUUGUUUUGUUUUAGUACUCUGGUGAAGGGUCCAGUGGUUCUCAACCUUCCUAAUGCUGUGACCCUUUAAUACAGUUCCUCAUGUUGUGGUGACCCCCAACCAUAAAAUUAUUUUCGUUGCUACUUCAUAACUAAUUUUGCUACUGUUGUGAAUCAUAAUGUAAAUAUCUGAUAUGUAGGCUGUAUUUUCAGGGGUCGCAGAUAGACAAUUUUAUUGAUAGUUAUGAAGAAACAGAUUUUAGUUUUAUUUUAUUUUUAAUUUUUCUGGUUUCUGUUUUAUUGGUUUCUGCUCUUUUUCUUUUCUUCGUUCUGCUUCAUUUCCUUCCUUCUGAUUUCAUUUGUUCUUUUCAAGGUUUUUCAGGUAGAAUCUUAGAUUAUUGAUUUGUGACCUUUCCUCAAUUAUAUCUUAAGUAUUUAUACUAUUAAUUUCCCUCAAGGCACUGCUUUAGCUGUAUCCCAUACUUUUUGAAUAUAUUGUGUUUUCACUCACUCAGUUUAAUAUAUUUUCUCAUUCCUCUUAUGAUUUCUUCUUUGACACAUGGGUUAUUAGAAGUAUGCUGCUUUCCAAGUAUUCAGGAGUUUUCAUUUACCUUUUUAUUAUCGAUUUCUAAUUUAAUUCUUUUGAGGUUGGAGCACAUUUUAUGAUUUUAUUCUCUGUGUGUACAUUGAGCUCUGUCUGUCGUGAAGAAUGCUCCAUAUGCCCUUGUAGCUGUGGAGUGCGCUAUGACAUGCCCAUUAGGUCGGGGACUUGGUACUGGAGGCAUCCACGGCCUUAAUGAGGUAGAGGGUGAUGAACUGAGAGUGGGCCUGUGUGUGUGUGUCUGUUUUUCCUUUCAGACCCAUCAGCUCUUUUAUCUAUUCUUUUAAAACAAUUUUAUUCACUUUUCUAACUGAUUUUGAAAUUAACAGGUUUUAAGAAAAUUUAGAAAGCAAAGUAUUAAAAUUAAAGCCAGCAAAGAUUACUUAAUGAGUACAGGUGGGUAGGCCCUUCAAACUUGUUCAUGAGUCAUGGUCAUUCUUUGGUUUUAUAUUAUUACACAUAAAACAUAUUCCAGAAAGAUAAUAUAUAGUCAGUUACAGUUCUGUUGUAGUUCAGUAAAUAGAUUCAAUUUAUAAACACAAAUGAGUCAUAGAUUUUUAUUAGUAUAAUUCCUUUUGUAUAAAGUUUUACGAACAUUUUAAGGUAGUUAACAGGAGAGCAAAUGAUUUUGAUAUUAUAAAGGAGAAUGAUGUACUUAGUUUUUAGCCUUUGGGAAUAUGUCAUAGACUAAACAUCCAGUGUAAAGAUUAUUGAAACUGUUCUUGUGACCUCUUUCCUGGUUUUUUUCUGAACUGAUUAUACUCAA